CUGGCUGGAGGUGGGUGGCUCAGUUGGUCGCGCGGUGCUUGUUGGCAACCUGGCAGCGAAUUGCCUCCUGCCGUCGCUGGUUGGCAACCCUACAAGCGGCUCGUGGAACUAUCUGCUUUAGUUAGUGGCAACCUGGCUGCUGCUUAGUUGGUAGCUCUGUUCAACCUGCAGGGUAGUGGUGCCCCACAGUCUGGUGCUGCUGGUGCUCGUUCGCUCGCUCACCGCCGCUCGUGGUGCCUUCCCUUUCCUGCUAGUUUGCAACUUGUACUACCGUAUAUUCUCCCAUUACUGGUGGAAUGAAAAUUAGAAACUCUUGUGACAUUGUGUGAGUAAGAUGAACUUUACAUUGAAAAUGGCGGUGUGAUGACUCUCGGGUGGCGGCGUUAAUGAUUGGUGUUUGUGGCCGUGCGAGAUAGCAAUGGCCCUGCAGAGGUCGCCAUGUCCCACCGGCGGAGUAGUAGCUUGACGGGCGGUGCCAGGGUGUCAGAAGAACAGGUCCCCUCCGCCAAGGCGAGGACCAGACCUGCUCCACCUCUGAAGGCAUCAAGUUUUGAUUAUGGAGACCAUGGAGCACCUGGCGGGCCGGGAAUCGAAGGAGAGGAUGGCAUGCGACGUGGGCGCCCUGAGAACUUGGCUCAGGCCGCCAUGUCCGUUGCCCACAGCACGUACGAAGCCCUUGAGAAUCGGAGUGAAGCCAUCAUGCAACGAUUUGAUGAUUCCAUCGACGAGCUGGAGAAUGGCCCGUUGGUGCAGACGGCGAAGGCGACGGUGCAGAAGGUCGCUACUGUUAUUGAGAAGCCAGUAGGCCUCAUAAAACAAAGUCGUUUUGUGGAGGAAGUGAGUGGUGUUCUCACAGAGAUUGAGAACACUGAAGUAGUGCAGGUGGCGCGUGGCAGGGCACGCCAGGCGUACAUGUACGUGGAACCCAUCAGUGAGAAGAUCUUGAGCCGUGUCGGGAGUUUUGACGCAGAUGAGGAUGAGAACGUACAGUUUGUUAUUCCUCCUUCAAUGCAACGGUCUCCAGGAAGGGUUGUUGAUGUCCCACUCAAGCCCAGACCCUUGUUAAGGCCAUACGAAAUAGAAGGUCAACGAGUUAAAUUAGAUCCUACGCAAUACGCAAUUCAAGAGGAAGUUCCUGAAAUUCAUGUUUCGGGUGAAGAUGGAAGGCUUUCCGUCCUGUCUCAAGGUAGUGAUAAAUUGCUCAAGGUCAAAGCCCCUGACCAAAUCAGCAUAGUGUCCGCCACCGACUCGGAGCGACAAUACGAGCUUGUGCGUCCCCAUAGGCUGUACCGCACUCCUCCCCUUCCGCCCCCAAGACACAAGGAGCCACGGCGCUCCUUGCAGGCGAGGUUAUCAAAUAAUGGUGUGAAAACUUCUCUCGUUGAAGAAAGCUCUGAAAGACGCCAAGAUGGGGAGGAGGGGUUAUGUCGAUGUGGUUCCAGUGCGAGAUCAGUUCGUUUUACCGAAAAAGAUUCGACGAGUAAAAAGGAUGGUGCAGCUGGGGCUUCAAAGGGGUCAGGGAAGGAGCCAUCAUCCUCCACCCUCACGGUGAAGAGGAUGGUGGACGUGGAAGAAAGACGGCCAGCCAUCAAAGACCAGCAGUACAUGGAAUCAGUGGACAAGCGUAACUCUCUCCUUGACGAGUGUACGGAAGACCAGCCGCUGGUACCCAUCGAGAUGGAGGGAUGCAGUAUCUCCAAGAUCAGAGAGAAGCUGCGAGAGUAUAACUACAGUGUCAUCUGUAUCAACGGCAAGACUUUCUAUGUGCCUAAAUCUAUUGUGAAAGAGCCCGAGCCUCGAGAGGUGUACGGUGGAGCCUCCACUUUCUUCGAGGCUUCGGAGACUAUUGACUGGAAAACUGUGAAAGAUGCCAGUGGCCAACCAGCUCCAUCCAAGGAAAAGCCCCGCUGGAUGCAGCAGAUUUCCACGGGGCUGGAGAACUUCCUCAGCAACGCCCACGACCCUUGGCUCUCUGAGGCCGACCGAGACCCGCUGGCCUGUGACUCUUGCUGCACGUGCUUCGACAAUGCUUUGGGAUGGGACAAGAAGAAGGGUCCCAAGUUCCCCUUGCAGCAGAAGAACGAGACGUUCUGUGUGGUGUCCAAGAGGUUCCGCAAGAACUAUGUCCACCGAUUCUCUGCCUCCAAAUCGCUGUUCCUCUUCUCACCGUGGCACCCGCUGCGUCGGGCCGCCAUUUUCCUGUCUACAAACCAGUUCUUCGAUUACCUGGUCAUGGCCACCAUCCUCCUCAACUGUGUCUUCCUCGCCAUGACAGAAACCGUACCCGAGGCUGAGUACAUGUUCCUCGCGAUCUACUCUGCCGAGAUGAUGAUCAAAACGGUAGCAAAGGGAUUUAUCCUCAAUAAGUACACGUACCUCCGCAACCCCUGGAACUGGCUGGACUUCGUUGUAAUCGCCUCUGGUUAUGUGACGUUAGUAAUAGAACUUGGAGAUAUGGACGUUCAACUCGGUAAUCUAGCUGGCCUCCGCACCUUCAGAGUUCUUCGGGCGCUCAAAACCGUCUCCAUCAUGCCUGGGUUGAAAACUAUCAUCAACGCGCUUCUCAACAGCAUCAAACAGCUGGUGGAGGUGAUGACGCUGACGGUGUUCUGCUUGAUGGUGUUUGCGCUAUUCGCCCUGCAGGUGUACAUGGGCGUGCUCAAGAACAAGUGCGUCAAAACCAUCGUCGGCAACGUAACCUCAGAAGAAUGGACGCUAUGGCGUGAUAAUUCCUCACAUUGGUUUUAUGAGAAUGGCACAAACCACCCUGACAUCGGAUUUCCUAGACUAUGUGGCAACGCGACCGGCGCCAGGAAGUGUCCAGAGGGGUACUCGUGUCUGCCAGAUGUGGGCGACAACCCAAAUUUUGGAUUCACGAACUUCGAUAAUUUUUUAUGGUCAAUGCUCACCACAUUUCAGCUCAUUACGUUAGAUUUUUGGGAAGACGUUUACAACAAGGUAAUAGCCACGGGGGGACCACUACAGGUCGUCUUCUUUGCCAUUGUCGUGUUCUUCGGGUCAUUUUACCUUAUCAACCUAAUGUUGGCUGUGGUGGCCAUGAGCUAUGAAGAGGAAGCUGAAAACACCGAGGAAGAGAAAACGAAAGACUUGAUGGACCAUCGGGAUGACUCCACCUUCAGCUUCGACCCGGAGAAAUUGACUCACGCUCGACCCUUAGAGAAAAAGAAGCCAAAAAAUCGCCGGGUAAUUGUGAUGCGCCGAGGUGCCGGUAUCCUUAGCGACAAGUUCUCUAAGAAAAAGAAGAAGAAGGACGAGGAGGAGGGUGAGGAUAAGAGGAAAGGGAGUGCAUCUUCGGAAGGCACCACCAGCAGACAGCCUUCAGCGCCCUCCAACACUCCGAGACUAGGAAGUUCUCAGCUAGAUAUGUCUGCUGGUCAUCAUUCCCUUUCUCGACCCGCCUCUUUGGUUACCACACCUCUGCCUUCCUCCUCGCCCGCCCCAACCCAACCUCUCCAUACUCCACCCUCAGGACGCUGUCAGAGCUCACAAGGAGCUAGCGUGGAGGGCGUCCCAGCCCGCACCGGUGCCUCAUCUUCCUGUGACCCCUGCAACGCCUCAUCCACGGCAAGCUGCUGCACAUGUCACUGCCACACUCGGCAGCAACAGGUGGCGGUGGCGCCCCCGGGACUGGUAGCCCUCAGGGGUGGCUGUGAUGACCCUAGACCCCACCUCCGCCUCGCCAAUAACCCUGCCCAUCGCCAGCCAUCUUUAGACGACUCCGGUGUAGUGGGAGAUCACGAAGGCGGCGAUUCCAUCUCCAUUCAUCAUCUGCCCCACGCCCCGCAGGUAGAACUGGUGGGCAAGGCGGAGCAGGCCCUGUACGCCCGCAGGAAAUGCAAUGGUGUGAGCCCCUCCUCCCCCGCAGCCCUCUCCGCUUCCUCUCAACACAUAGUUAUGGUGGAAGAUGAGUUGGUGGACCGUAACUGCGAGAAGUGUCAUGAUUGUUGCGUCAACUACCGCGUCUGGCUCAAGUUUCAAAACCUUUUAUACAUAGUGGUCCACGACGCCAUCUUUGACCUGUUCAUCAUGGUGUGCAUCAUCAUGAACACAGCUUUCCUAGCCAUCGAACAUCACGGCAUGUCCUACGAACUCAACAGGGUGCUUGAGGUUGGCAACAGGGUGUUUACCGCAGUGUUUACGUUGGAGUGCAUCAUGAAGAUUAUGGCGCUGAGCAGGGAGUUCUUCAUUAACCGAUGGAACGUCUUUGAUUUGGUCAUCGUUCUCGCCUCUUUGCUUGACUUGGGUCUGGAAAUCGGCUCUGGGCUUUCAGUGUUGCGAGGGAUGAGACUUUUGAGGGUGCUGAAGCUAGCUCAGUCUUGGCGGACGAUGCGUGUUCUGCUCAGCAUCAUCGUCUCAACACUCGGAGCCUUGGGAAACCUCACCUUCGUCCUGCUUAUCAUUAUCUAUAUUUUUGCCGUCAUUGGAAUGCAGCUCUUUGGCAAAAAUUACACUGCCGCCAACUUUCAUCCCGAUCCAAUUCCAAGAUGGAACUUCACUGAUUUUUUUCAUUCCUUUAUGAUGAUAUUUCGGAUCCUGUGUGGUGAAUGGGUGGAGCCUCUCUGGGACUGCAUGAGAGCUGAAAAGAAUGACGGGUCUGAGACGUGCCUGGCUAUUUUCUUGCCAGCCCUCGUUAUGGGUAACUUCAUGGUGCUCAAUUUGUUCCUUGCUCUUCUCUUGAAUUCGUUCAAUUCUGAGGAACUGAAAUCUCGACAAGAUGAUUUAGAAGAUGAAUCAAGAAUACUGCAACUCUUUGUUAGAUUACGGGAUAAUAUCUUUAGAAGAAAGAAGAGAAAAACGGAAGAGUUAGAUGAGAAUGAUACUGCAAAGGAUGAGGAGGAUGCAAUGCCAGAUCGUGGAGUGAAGAAGGCUUUCAGUGAGCCUGAGAUGCAUGCCAGGUGUGAGGAGGAAGCUGGGGGAGAUCCACAGAUGAAAGGCUACAAAAGAAUGACUGUUGUUGACCAGAGCAACUACAAAACCGUAUUGGCUCGUGCACCCCAAGAAAAUGGACAUAUGGACAAGAAUGUAGUAAAUGGAAAGAAAGUAAAGUUUCAAGGGGACGAUGAUCGGCCAGAAAUAAUUGAGUUAUCAGAGUUUAACCAAGGGGACGAACAGUUUGCUUUCUGCCAACCACGAAAAAGUAUGCAACAAGAAUACCGUGGCCAGCAGUAUCAAGAAUACACACCAAGUGACCAGCCCCCUGAAGAAUAUUCCACUGGGGAAUAUCAGCAGGGUUACUCAAAUGAAUAUGGACAUGAACAUGAUUACCACCAGCUGCAGUUUCCAGAGUCAGAAGGCGAAGGAGGCAAUAAUGAGGACAGUGUGUCAGAGGUCAAUUUAUCAGAUGGCAAUAUUCCCAAGAUGAAGUUGGAAGAGACGGUGAGCUUCAGAAGUCAAGCAAAAGAGGGAUAUGGAAGGCCUAAUGGGGGCCCUAAAGGAAAACACUGGCAGAGGGUGAAGAAAGAAAUACCAACUCCGUUCAAUAAGACUCAGAGUUGGAGUGCAGUUGUCAACUAUGUAGAUACUAUAACAAGUGGGGUCAAGGAUGAUGAUGAUCCAAGGUUCAAGAGACAAGAAAUUAUGGAAAAGGAACCAGCAGAUUGUUUUCCAAAGAAAAUUUUUAAUAGCGUCCGGUGCUGUGCUUUUUUUACAGAGACAAGACUGUACAAGAAAUGGUACCGGGUGCGACAAAUGUGCCUUUACGUUGUUGACAGCCCUUACUUUGAAUGGGUUGUUCUCAUCCUGAUUUUUGCUUCAUCCGUUACCCUUUGUUUUGAAGAUAUUCAUUUGGAUUCUAAAAGAGAACUUAAGGAGAGACGGGAAGUUCUGAACUAUCUGAAUCUUGUCUUCGCCAUCCUCUUCACCAUUGAAAUGUUUGUGAAGUGGAUUGCACUGGGCUUUGUCAAGUACUUCUCUUCAGUGUGGACCAUCUUGGACUGCUUCAUCGUCCUAGUAUCCAUGUGCAGUCUCUUCAUAGAGCAAGAUAACCUCAUUGCUCUGCGUAGUCUUCGAACACUGAGAGCCUUGAGACCUCUACGAGCCAUUUCUCGCUGGGAAGGAAUGAAGAUAGUGGUCAAUGCUCUCAUGUACGCCAUCCCGUCCAUAUUCAACGUGUUGCUGGUGUGUCUUGUGUUUUGGCUCAUCUUCUCCAUCAUGGGUGUCCAAAUGUUUGGGGGAAAAUUUUACAAGUGUAUAGACCAUCAUGGAGAAAUUCUACCUCUCAAGAUUGUUGAAAAUAAAACUGACUGCUUAGCGAAGAACUACUCAUGGGUCAACAGUAAGAUAAACUUUGACCAUGUGGGAUUUGCUUAUCUUGCUCUCUUUCAAGUGGCAACGUUUGAAGGUUGGAUGGAAGUGAUGGAGGAUGCUGUUGAUUGCCGAGGGAUUGACAAGCAGCCAGAAAGAGAGGCAAAUAUCUAUGCCUAUAUCUACUUUGUAAUUUUCAUCGUAUGUGGAUCUUUUUUUACCCUGAACCUAUUUAUUGGUGUCAUCAUUGAUAACUUCAAUGCGCUAAAGAAAAAGAUGUAUGAAGGCGGUGUGUUGGAGAUGUUUCUCACGGACUCUCAGAAGAAUUAUUACACUGCCAUGAAGAAGCUUGGCCGCAAGAAACCCCAGAAGGUCAUCAGGCGACCCAAACAUCCAUACCAUGCUCUGUUCUAUGACAUUGCUGUCUCUAGGAGAUUUGAAAUUUCCAUCUUUGUCCUGAUCUUCCUCAAUAUGGUGACCAUGGCCAUCGAGCAUUACCACCAGUCCCGCACCGUCGCCUUCACCCUGGAAGUCUUCAAUGCUCUCUUCACCACCAUCUUUGGACUUGAGGCAAUUGUGAAAAUCAUUGGCUUGCGGCAUCAUUACUUCACUGUCCCGUGGAACCUCUUUGAUUUCAUCCUUGUGUUUGCAUCUAUAAUGGGAAUCCUCUUGCAAGACGUACUUACCAACUUCCCUAUCAGUCCAACACUUCUCAGGGUUGUGCGAGUCUUCAGAAUUGGCCGCAUUCUCCGUCUCAUUAAGCCGACGGUGAACGGCCGAAACUCCUUCUUCGGUCAGGCUGCAAAAGGGAUUCGGAAGUUGCUGUUUGCCCUUAUAGUGUCCCUGCCAGCUUUAUUCAACAUUGGUGCCCUGCUGUUCCUCAUCACCUUUAUUUAUGCCAUCAUUGGCAUGGCAGUGUUUGGUCACGUCCAGCGCAAAGGAGCCCUUGAUGACCUUGUCAACUUUGAAACUUUUGGCAGCAGUAUGAUGUUGUUAUUCAGGCUGAUCACCUCUGCAGGGUGGAAUGAUGUGCUGGAUCCUCUUAUGGCAAAACCACCUGACUGUGACAUAAAUUAUAUGAACCAACCCAAUGGUAACUGUGGCCACCCAGUCAUUGCGAUUGUCUUCUUUGUCUCCUUCAUCAUCAUCAACUUCAUGAUUGUCAUCAACAUGUACAUUGCUGUUAUUCUGGAAAAUUUCAACCAAGCACACAAGGAAGAAGAAAUUGGAAUUGUUGAAGAUGAUUUAGAAAUGUUUUAUGUUAGAUGGUCAAAGUAUGAUCCUCAUGCUACACAGUUCAUCAAUUUUUCACAACUCUCUGACUUCAUUGCAAGUUUGGACAGUCCUUUUGGCAUACCAAAGCCCAACACAGUUGCUCUUGUGGCCUUUGACUUGCCUAUAGCCAAAGGGGACAAAAUACAUUGUCUUGACAUUCUCCAUGCUCUGACCAAGCAUGUUCUUGGGCAUGUGGAAGAAACAGAAGAAUUCAAGAGGUUCCCCCCUCAGCUCAAGAUGCAGAUGGAGGAGAAGUUUAAGAAGCAGUUCCCCACACGGAAAGAGCUGGAGAUUGUGUCUUCAACCAGACGUUGGAAGAAGAUGGAUUCAGCAGCAAAGACAAUUCAGCAGGCAUGGCGUGCCUUUUUAAAGCACAGGCGAGAGUUGGAAAAGAAGAAUUUACUUUUAGAGGAGGCACAAACUCAAACCUCCUCCCCUGGUGGGUCAUCAAUCAAGUCAGGCUUCAGGAGGGUCUCAAACCUUCUUCAAGUUGUUCCAAUGCCAAUGAGUGUGCCUCGAAGGAGAUCCGUCACAGUUCUCCAGGUGGAUGGAGGAGGAUCUAGCUCACGCCGUGCUUCCCGUGCUUCAAUAAAUGAAACUUCAACAUCUCCUCGUGGUUCUUUCUUCUUUCCCAUCUCACGUCGUGCUUCACGAGCCUCUGCCACUUCUGCUACCUCAGGAGCCUCAAACCCAUCUUUAGUGUCUGUACAGAUCCACCAAGUAGGUGGUCAUGACUCUCCCCAUGCAUCUCAAGGGUCUACAGAAGCCCUCAACACCGAAGCCAGCUGACGCAAGCCAUCCCUGGGCCCUCCGUGAUGCCCUGCCUCUGUGUUACAUGUGCCCUUCAAUACAAGCCACCACCUGUAUAAGGACUGAUGUUGGCAGCUAAAAAUAAUUGAUAGUCUUCUAGUUGAAAGCUGAUGACUAUCAGUACAGUCUUUGCUUAUACAUAGUAAUCAGGUUUGAUUCCAUGAUCACUUGGUUACGAAUGCCUGACUGGCCUUUACCAGUUUUUACCUAUAAGCCUAACAGUGAGGCUUUUUGCGCUACGAGUACCCCAAGGAGAAGAAAAGAGCACUUUGGCUGCUCUGAUUGUUACAACUUAGUAUUUGCAUAAGUUCCUGAAGCCUAUUCCAUGUUGAAUAUUGGCACAUGUUGAAAGUAGGUAAGAAAGUGGGUUAUUACCUUUGUCAGAUAUAUUGGUAUUGCUCAUUUUAUUGAAUAUGUCUAGUUAUAGAAACCUAGUUUUAUAAGCCAGUAAAAAGUGAUAUUACGUUAUUUAAACUUCUUGAGACAUAAACAAAAAAAAUAUCAAAGUGAACCAUUUUUAGAGUCAAACAUUAUCAGUAUACUACAUACUCUGCAAAAAAAUAUUUCUUUAAUAAAGUCAUAAAAACUCCCAUAAACAGUGUAUGUGUCAUUUGUCAUGUCAAUCAAAUUUUGGUACUUUGGUAAUUACAAAAUGGAACUGAAGAAGAUAAGUAAAGAUGGCAUUUCAUGAAAAAACAGUAAUAUCUGUAUCUGCUUAAGGUGUUAACUUCUUCCACUGUCAAGGCUUGCAAACUGAUCUGAGAAGAUUAGAUACAGAGGAUCAUUUUUUAAUACAAAGUUGCAAUUUUAUGAUGUGCCAUUCAUUGUUUGUAGAUACAAAUUUUUACAAACAGAUAAUGCCAUUGAACUAAGAUGUUAUUAUAUGAUGUUUGUUUUGUCUUAUAGAGUUUUCAAUGACUUUUUUUUUUUUUUUUUUAUAUACUCUAAUAUGCAGUGAUUUUCUUAUAGAAAAACUUAGAGGCCCACUCAAAUCAGAAUCAUUGUUUUACUGAAGUAACUUAAAUUCCAGCUGGUGUGUUCAUCAGUCUGCUUGUUUAUCUGUCUUUUGAAUAAUUUUCUCAAUUGUCAUGUGCACCUUAUUACACAUGAAUAAGUGCUACACAGAUUAUUGAUUUCAUUCCACUCCACACUAACAAUUAAGAAUGCAUAAAAUCAAAGUGUUCCUUUCCUGGCCGGGCUGCUUUCUUGAUGUGGGGAAUCCUUGAAUUUUGCAUGAAUAUGACCUAAAAAUCACAUGAAAUUACUCAUACAAAUAAAUUCUAAGUCUUGGAGCUUGUCACGUCAAAAUACCAUUGCUACAACAGUGAAGUCACAUAAAAUGUUGAGGAAUAAUUAUGAAUCUACUAUAACUUCAAGAAAGAUCCUAUUCAUACUCUGAAACUGUCAUGUCUCAUAAUUUAUCUCUUACAGUUUAUUUUUCAGUGAAAAGUAUAUAAUUUGAACCAAGGGUAGAUACAUUGCAUCUUGUUAAAAUGUUCACAUUUCUGUGGUCUUGCAAAUCAAUUUUUGCCUUUAUAAUAGUUACUGUUAGAUAUUUGAGGCCUUAAGGGUACUCUGUGUGACCCUAAUUGUUAUUUUAAGUUGUUAAGAUUUGCAGCAUAGGAUAUUGUUUCUGUUUCCCAAUCAACUGACUUGUUUUGCACAUAACAAAUGAACCUUUAUUUAAUUUUGAAAUGAGACUAAACAAUAAUUUAUAAUCUACGAAAUUGCACACACACACACACACACACACACACACACACACACACACACACACACACACACACACACCGCGUAGUGUAGUGGUUAGCAUGCUCGA